CUGACUGCAUCAGACGGAGUCUCAGCUCCAUGAAGCCGGAUCAUCUCAGUGAUGUAGACUGAACUGUCUCCAGGUGACUUGAGCUCUGAGGAUAGAAUCAGAUGUGAUCAGGUGUAAAGUGACCAUCAGCUUCAGGCUGUUGAAAGCUUCAGCUGAGCUCCAGGUGAAUGUGACAGAGCGACAGGAUGGAGGAUCCAGACCACGUCACAGUUGAUCGGCCUCUAAAGCGCAGCAACAGCUUUGAGCUUCUACCACCAAACUUGUCUGAGCUGAGGGUUGUUCUUCUGGGGAACAGCUGCUCUGAGAGGAGUUCAGUGGAGAACUUCAUCCUGGGAGAGAACACGUUCAACCAAGAACCUGAGUCCUGUCAGAGAAUCAGUGGAACAUUAAAUAGCAAAAAAGUAGUUGUCAUCAACACUCCAGAUCUGCUCCAUCCCAACUUCUCUGAAGAUGAACUCAGAGAACAUGUAGGAACCUGUGUGAGACUCUCUGAUCCUGGACCUCAUGUGUUGCUGCUGGUUCUACAGCCUGAAGACUUCACUGAGGAACACAGACAGAGACUCUGCAGAGUCCUGGAACUCUUCAGUGAUCGAUCAUUUCAUCAUUCACUGGUUCUGAUAUCAUCACCCAGAGAGGAGAGAUCAGUAGAAAACUACAAGAACCAUCCUCCAUUAAAAGAACUGAUCAGAAAAUGUAGAUACAGAUACUUGAGGAGGAGGGAUAUUGAUCAUUCAGAGCUGUUAACACGUUUGGGUCAAAUAGUGAAGGAGAACAAUGGAGAACAUCUGGACUGUGAGGUAUCUGAAGAUGCAUCAGCUGAUCUACCAGGAGAUCAUCAGACACAACACAAGGAAACAAAGACUUCUAUCUUAGAGACCAUCAAACCAAAGUUAAACCUGGUUCUGUGUGGGAGGAGAGGAGCAGAGAAGACUUCAGCAGUCAAGGCCAUUUUAGGUCAGACAGAGCUUCAUUCAGCCUCCAACUCAUCAGAGUGUGUUCAGAAUCAGGGAGAGGUGUGUGGACGUUGGGUUUCCCUGGUGGAGCUGCCUGCCUUGGAUGGAAAACCUCAGGAGGCAGUGAUGGAGGAAACAUUGAGGUGUAUCUCCCUCUGUGAUCCUGAGGGCGUCCAUGCCUUCAUCCUGGUCCUGCCUGUGGAUCCCCUCACUGAUGAAGACAAGGGAGAGUUAAAGAUCAUCCAGAACACAUUCAGCUCUCGAGUCAAUGACUUCACCAUCAUUCUGUUCACUGUGGAGUCAGAUCCAACUCAUCCAGCUGUUGUUAACUUUGUAGAAGGAGACAGAGACAUCCAGGAGAUCUGUCAACGUUUUGGAGGAAGAUCUUUUGUUCUCAACAUCAAGAACAAACAGCAGAUCCCACAACUGUUGGAGACUGUAGUAAAAGUUAGACUCUCCAAUGUUAAACCAAGCUGCUACACAACAGGAACAUUUGCUCAGGCUCAGAUGGAUAAAGUCUUACAACAACAGGAUGAACUUGAGAAGCUGAAAAAGACCAAAGUCUCCUCUGCAGGUGAUGAAGAGAAGCAUAGUCCAGAGCGUCUCAGGAUUGUGUUGAUAGGGAAGACUGGAAAUGGAAAGAGUUCUUCAGGAAACACCAUUCUAGGAAGAGAAGAGUUUAAAGCCAAAUCAAGUCAAACAUCAGUCACCAAACUUUGUCAUAAAGUUCAGGGUGAGGUGGACGGUCGUCCUGUUGUUGUAGUGGACACUCCUGGUCUGUUUGACACAACUUUGUCCCAUGAAGAGGUCAAUGAGGAGAUGGUGAAAUGUAUCAGUCUUCUGGCUCCAGGACCACAUGUCUUCCUGUUGGUGUUACAGAUUGGAAGAUUAACUCCAGAGGAGAAGGAGACACUGAAACUCAUCAAGGAAGCAUUUGGAAAGAAUUCAGAAAAGUUCACCAUCAUUCUUUUAACUGGAGGAGAUAAACUGGAACAUGAGGAGAUGACCAUUGAGAAAUACAUCAAGGAUGAAUGUGAUGAUUCCUUUAAGAAGCUUAUCUCUGACUGUGGAGGAAGAUACCAUGUGUUCAAUAACUAUGAUAGAAACAACAAGCAACAAGUCAGAGAGCUGAUAACAAAGAUUGACACCAUGGUGAAGGAAAAUGGAGGCAGCUGCUUCACCAAUGAGAUGCUGCAAGAGGCUGAAGCAGCAAUAAAGAAAGAAAUGGAGAGAAUCCUGAAAGAGAAGGAGGAAGAGAUGAAGAGAGAGAGAGAGGAACUAGAAAGGAAACAUGAGGAAGAAAUGGAAGAAAUGAAAAGAAGAAUGGAAAAAGAGAGGGAACUAAGAGCAAAGCAACUGAAUGAAAUGGAGGAAAACAUCAAGAAGGAACGAGAGGAAAGAAAGAAAGAACAGGAGAAGAGAGAAGGAGAAGAAAUGAAAAGACAACAGCAGGAUGAACGACAACGGCAAAGGUGGGAACAAGAACGUGAAGAUUUGGAGAAAAAAAUCAAGUUAGUAUCAGAAAGAAAAGAAAUAAUUGAUAGAAAACUGGAGGAGAGCAGAAAAGAGAUGGAAGAAAAACGAGAGGCCUGGGAGAAAGAAAGAAAAGAAUGGUGGGAGAAACGAAAACAAGAAGAUGAACAGAGACGACAGGAGGAGAAAACAAGAAUGAACAAGAUGGAAGAAAUGAAA